CAGAGAGCGAGAAGAAGAGCUGUGAUUGGCUGAGACAGCAGUGGAGGCGGGAAGGUUUUGGGAGAAGAAGAGCUGUGAUUGGCUAACACAGCAGUGGAGGAGGGAACGUGUUGGGAGAAGAACAGCGGUGAUUGGCGGAGGGCGAUGCGGAGGCGGGAGGGUUUUUUGGAGAAGAAGAGCGGUGAUUGGCUGAGGGCGGUACCCAUCAGUCGGUAAAUAAGACGCCGGUUUGGAAGUUUGAACAUAGAGAAGCAGCCGCGGCGGAAUAACGCGUUUUAACGGAUAUUUAAUAGGAAAUAAAGCAGGUAGAAACAGAACUAAGGUGGCGGGAGGCUCCACUGACUCGGGCCCGUCAGCUGGAGGCUUUGGGAACAUGGUGGAACAUACGCAGCAUGGUGGGUCCCGGGAGACGGCCUCACCGUGCAGCUCCGCACCGCUACAGACGGCCUCACCGUGCAGCUCCGCACCGCUACAGACGGCCUCAGCGUGCAGCUCCGCACCGCAGAAACCAGACCGCUGGAAGACCGCCACGGGACACAUCAAGAGGCCGAUGAACGCCUUCAUGGUGUGGUCCAAGAUCGAGAGGAGGAAGAUCAUGGACCAGUCCCCGGACUUGCACAACGCGGAGAUCUCCAAGCGGCUCGGGAAGCGCUGGAAGCUGCUCAGAGACUCGGAGAAGAUCCCGUUCAUCCGGGAGGCGGAGCGACUCCGGCUACAGCACAUGGCCCAACAUCCGGACUACAAGUACCGGCCCAGGAAAAAGGCCCGGACCGAGGGCUGUACUGGAGUCUCUUCCCCGGAGAAAACCUCCGCCGUGAGACCCACCUCCGGCGUGAGACCCACCCCCGUCGUGAGACCCACCCCCGUCUCGAGACCCACCCCCGUCUCCACCGUGAGACCCACCUCCACUGUGAGACCCACUUCCACAGAUAAGAAGUUCUCCCGGUUGAAGCCCAGCAGCACCAGGAGUCCGGGUCAGGUCCCGGUGCAGCAGGACCCCCGGUACCGCUACGUGCUGACCAGCAGCUUCACGGCCACUAAGCUCGUUAAACGGGAGUUCACCGACUCCGAGGAAGAGGAGGAAGAUGAGGAGGACGAAGAGGAGAUAAAGAGUGAAGAAGAGGAGGAGAGGCUCUUCUACAGCUUCAAGAAUAUCACCCGGCAGCAGAGCUCUGUCCCCCGGCCGCAGAGCUCUGUCCCCCGGCCGCAGAGCUCUGUCCCCCGGCCGCAGAGCUCCAGCAGCUCGGCCUCCUCCUCCAGCGCCGGGGAAGAGGAGCUCCACCUCAGGUAGGAAACCUCCAUUCUCUGGUCCUUAUUGAAUCAAAUAGAGAAGUGAAAGUGUUGAGAUGGGUUAGUGCUCAGCAGCUACAGGUUAGAUGUGACAAGGGAAACCUGAAGUCUCCUCCAACAGAGUGAAUAUAGGACAUAACACAGAUCCAACAGGCCAAGAGAAUCCAAGAUUCAAACGUUUGAUUGUCAUCGGAAACAGUGUAGAGAUAUCAGUGACAUUCUUCUGACCCGAGCUCCUCCAACAAUGCAACAUAAUCAAAUACACAAAAUAAAGUAGUGCAAGAAGUCUAAAUACAAGUACAUGGAAUAUGAUCUAUAGAUGAAUAGGAUGUGUAUGGAUGUUCUUUAAAGUCCAUCUUAAAGGUGACUCUGAUCUAACGCUGAGAUUGAAAUUC